AUGGCUCUGAUGCUGAAACGCUAUCGAACAGCAAUCACAAUUGGAGUCAUUGGAGCUAUGACCUGCGUGGGCACUGUGAUCUUCUCUGUCACCAUGUCACGCGGUCGGCUUAACCCCAAGGCGCCGCAGACAGUCGAGAGGAAUUCUUCCAUCCCUUCUUGCAGCGACUCGCGCUGCCAUUGGGAGGAGACGUACCUGAAGGGUCGCCUGAAUGCCACCGUCGCGUCGCCUUGCAGCAGUUUCUACGAUUACGUUUGCAGAAAGCCGUGGAGAAGCAAGUCUCUUGCAGAUAAAAGGUUCAAAGAUCAAGCCGCCGGAUCGCUCGCUAUUAGCCUACGCAAUACGCUGACACAGUAUCCCGUACUCAUCGAAGCCCUGCUCAGUUGUUGCCGUGGUUAUUAUCCUGUGCUGGGGCUGGACUUCUUCCGAGCGUGCUACCCGGGUAACACAUCGGCAGCAGAUUUUGACCAGUUGCGACGUCUGUUCAAGAAGUUGGGACUUGGAGCAUGGCCAUUGCCGCACGACGGGGUUCCUCCCCGCGAUCAAAGCCCCUGGGACUUGUUGGGAAUCCUGGAUCUGAAGCUUGGUAUGUGGUCGUUGAUGCGUGUCUCUCUGCGACGUCGAUUCGGCGUCGUUCAUAUACAGCUCGACAGGUCACCCUUGCCGUUGGAAAGAUAUCUGUUGACGGUUCCGCACAAGACUGUGGAAGACUACCAAGCCCUCGUGGGAAAUGCCGUGUCAUUGCUCGGAGGGAACUCAUCCGCGGCGCAGGACAUCGUUGACCUGGAGCACGCCCUAUUGGCAGUUGUUCCGCGAGAGACAUUCUUACCUGGAGGACGUUUGGUGCACUUGAAGGACCUUCCACGUUCGAAACGCUGGAACUGGAUAGAGUAUCUCGCUACGGUGCGCAACAACAUCUCAUUGUUGACGGACGGUGACCGAGAGGUGAUUGUGCGGGAUCCCGAGUACCUGGCUUACUUGACCGACCUUCUUCACAACACUAGCGCCGGGGCCCUCUACAAUUACGUGGGGUAUCGUACCCUGGCCCACCUGUCUCCGCUGCUUCCACGUGAAGUCCGUUUCCUAAGCCCACUCUCCCACGAAAUGACCGGAAUAGACCCGCAGCUUGAAUCGUGUCUUCGACUUCUAGGUUGGGUCAAUCCGUUUGCCUUGCGUUACUUCUCGGCAGUGACCGUUCCUCCUGGCGGUCCCACGAGCGUCACGUACUCUCUCGACGACAGCUACAUUGCGUCGAUCUUCGAAGAAGGCCGCAGAGCUGCCCACAAUCUGAUUGAUUCCCUUCCCUGGACGAAUGCCAGUGCGCUGGCCCGUCGCAAGCACGUCCUGGCGACCAUGAAGAUGGUGUACGCAGGCGGAAAUGUGUCAGUGACGUCGGAGCAACCACUGGGGAACUUCACUGGUCCAGCUUUAGUCAAAGGGGCGAACUUUCUGGACUCGUUCUUGGAGGUUCAGUCCCACAAGCAAAAUGCGGUUUGGCGACUGAAGGAGCCAGACGAUCGACUCGAUACUCGACACCAAGAAGACAUGUUUUCCAUUCGCGCGGACUACUUCUACGGAGACAACGUGCUGUACUUGGCGCGUUCACUCGAUGCCGUGUCUUCCAUUGACGGCGUACAGCUGGAGCCGUUCUGGAGGCCAAAGAUCGCGCGACCGGUGGUGAGGGGUCUGCUGCGCGGCGCCAUAGGGCGUAUGGCCCUCGAACGCUCACUACGAGGAACGGCGAGUUACGAGAAAUGUUUGUCCACCAGGUACAACGUUAGCCGCUACGACGUCCAUCUGUACGAUGUGCUUCUGGAUAACGUGUCGCUGAGGCCGCUGUACGAACUCUACCUUCGUGGUCUCAUGAAGAACGAUGGUUACUCUCUCGACCAGAGGCUCAACGAACUAGAUUUGACCCUAGACCAGCUCUUCUUUGUGAACUGGGCAGUUGGCCAGUGUGACGACCCCGAACUUCAAGAUCGGCAGAGGGAGUUGAAACGUGUUCCCACGAGGCUCUUGGUUAACGUGCCUCUGUCUAACUUCAAGAAGUUUCACGAGGCUUUUAACUGCCCCGUGAACAGCGAAAUGCGACCUCGGGAACUUUGUGCGUGGGGACCUUGA